AUGGGGCUCGUCGAAGCACUCGUCGAGCAUGUCUCGGUCAAGUCGGCUCUGGUCCUCGCGCCGGGCCUGCUCCUGGCCUACAUGCUCUUUGCCGUCGUGGUGAGGCCGGCAUGGAAGGAGAUGAAGUUGGCCAGGAUGCCGGGCGCAAGGGCACCCAAGAUCAAGUCGGUGGCGCCGUUCGGCGUCGACUUUCUCUACAACGGCGUUCGCGCGGCCAUGGCCAACCAGAACCUCGCCUUCUGGAAGAAGAUGUUCAGCGAGGUCCGCGCUUUGACGGCCGAGGGCUGCAUUGCCGGCCGCCACAUCGUCUUCACCAUCGACCACGAGAACAUCAAAGCCAUCCUGGCGACGCAGUUUGGUGACUACGGCAAGGGCGAGCCCUUCCACAGAGAGUGGAAGGCCUUCCUCGGCGAUAGCAUCUUCACCACCGACGGCGCCCUCUGGCACGACAGCCGCCAGCUGCUGCGGCCGCAGUUCAUCAAGGACCGCGUCAGCGACUUGCAUGUCUUUGAGAGUCACAUUCAGACCCUGUUCCGCGCGAUUGCCAACGGGGGGGCCCUCAACGGCGAACACCAGGCCGUUGACAUCGAGGCCGGCAACGGGAGGCCCGUCGACAUCAGCGAUCUCUUCUUUCGCUACACCCUGGACGCCGCCACCGACUUCCUCUUGGGCCACGACGUCAAGUCACUCAGCAACCCCCGUCAAGAGUUUGCCGAAGCCUUCGCCGAGGUCCAGCGGAUACAAAGCCUCGUAUCCCGCGCCGGCGCCCUCAACAUGCUCAUCCCGCGCCACACGUUCCGGCAGGGCAUGAAGGUCAUCAACAACUUCAUCAACCAGUACAUCGAGCGCACGCUGCGCCUCAGCCCGGACGAGCUGGCCGGCAAGACCAAGAGCGACGCCGGCUACACGUUCCUGCACGCCCUCGCCGGCUACACGCGCGACCGCCAGGUGCUGCGCGACCAGCUGAUCGCCGUGCUGCUGGCCGGCCGCGACACCACCGCCUGCACCCUGUCGUGGACCAUCUACGAGCUGGCCCGCCACCCGGACGUGCUGGCGAAGCUGCGCGCCGAGAUCCUCUCCGUCGUCGGGCCCACCCGCCCCCCGACCUACGACGACCUCAAGAGCAUGAAGUACCUGCAGAACGUCAUGAACGAGACCCUGCGUCUGUACCCGGUCGUUCCCUUCAACGUCCGCCUCGCGCUGAAAGACACCACGCUGCCGCGGGGCGGCGGGCCCGACGGGACGCAGCCGAUCAAGGUGCUCAAGGACACGCCGAUCGCGUACUCGACGCUGGUGAUGCAGCGGCGGGCGGACCUGUACCCGGCGCCGAGCGCCGACUUCGCGCCCGUCGACGCGUUCAGCCCGGAGCGGUGGCAGCGCUGGCAGCCGCGGCCGUGGCAGUACAUUCCCUUCAACGGCGGGCCGCGCAUCUGCAUCGGCCAGCAGUUCGCCCUGACCGAGAUGGCCUACGUGCUGACCCGCCUGUUCCAGCGGUACGGCCGCCUCGACAGCCACAUGCCCCCCGGCGAGCCGACGCUCAGGGCCGACAUCGUCCUGCAGCCUGGCGACGGGGUCAGGGUCGCCUUCUGGGAGGCUGCUGGCGGGCUCGGGCUCGGGCAGGGGCAGGGCCAGGGGGAGAAGUGA